AUGCCGACGUACAUUGUACGGCCAUGUUUGGGAAUUAUAAGCAUCCAAGAAAAUCGCGCUUACAGCGCGGCAGACGAGUGGGCAUUGCUAAUCGGACGAGAUCUGUCACUCGGCAGCUGUCAUGGGGCUGCCGUCAGUACACCAAUCGCCUUCGCGGUGGUCUCGGUCGAGCCCGGGGUCGUGGCGGGGGCUAAUGCCACCAAGAGGCGGCAGGCACAUCGUCAUGUUAUUAAAUCAUAUUGUCGCGAUAACGUUGGGGAAGACGGCGUGUCGGCAUGUGUGGAUGAAGGGUGCGAUGCCAAGAAGGAGCACUGGACGCAACACAUCUCGACCAUUCUCGCCGUGGCUGUAGCUGAACGCUUCUCGGAUCAAUGCGCACGUCACUCGAUACGCGGCCUGGGUCCGUGUGACACCGUCCUUGUCGCCACGACCUCCGCCGGACGUUUUGAUAUUGAUCAGGACAGUGGCUUGGGGGAUGGGCGGGCCUUGGUCUGUAUUGCCGUGCGGAUAGCGAUAGGACGUACAUGCUUCUGCACAAGACAUCGCGGGACGACAUGGUCGCUUGACAUGGUGUUGGGUGGCACGUACCUGGACUUACGUGCUGAUAAGCAAGCCUUCGGUGCAGUCUUACUCCGCGAGCGACCAGGCUUCCUCGACGUCGAUUUCCGCACCACCGCCCCGGGAACGUCUGUGCGACGUCCAUUAGUCAUUGCGUUUAAGGUUAAGGGGCAGGUGACCGGGGCGAGGGAUGUCGAUGAAGUUCAAGCGAACACGCGUGCCGCAAUGGUCGCAUUGCGUGGCCGGACCAUUGAGCUUCGUAGUCCAGUGUUCCGAGCGACGAGCGACCCCUGGGUGAUUGGCCUGCGCACACACCGAAGGCUACUCGCUUUCACACACGCGAUCACGUUCUUGGAGGCCGCGGAUCGCGAAGCGGGCGUCAACUGGACAUGUGCCAGUCAACUGCUCCCACUUUGCAAACGCACCGAUGGACACAGUACUUACGAAGAGCACCACACCGUCUACAGCGACCACACACCCAGAGGCCGGCGCGAUGGUCUGCAAGGGCCCCCGCUGGGCCGCGGAUGCAUGGCACGGGGCAGUCCCCGCGAUCCCGCUGCGUGCGCGAGAUUACCGGUGGGGAAGCAUGGACUGGCGCUUGAAGCAUCAGAUAGUCUGAUAUCGCUGGGCGGAGGGGAAUCGCUCGUCGAGCAACUCGCGGUCACGAUCGAAGAGCGUACGCCCCUGGCUGCGGCGAGAACGAUCACCACGACGAACACAAGCGCGAGCGCGAGUAUGCCUUCCGGUGCAUAUACCGAGCGAGCAUCGAUUCUGCGCAGCGUUGCGCCCAUCCACUUCGAUGAUGCGUCUCGUCUCGUCUCACCACCACCCUGGGCUGCUGGACGUGCGCCGGGAUUCCGUUCGCAGAUCAACCGCACGCCGGGCAUCUGGGGAGGAAGGUGCGGGCCUUGCGGUGCGCUACGACAAGAGCAGGCGAGUUCGCGGGCAGAUUUGCAACGCACGACGCACGGAGUGGAGAGGGCGAUCGCGCUGCGCCACAGCAGGGGAAGCUCGUUUUAUGUAAACUAUCAGGGAGGGGGCUUCGCGUCCGCGCGGCGCAGGGAACGCCAGGGUUCACUUCCUUCCUGGGGUUGGGUUCCUGAGUUAGCAUGUUGGAUCUUGACGAAGGCUCUGGAAGUUCGUGCGACAAUCACGAUGAUGGUGUAUGCACGAACUGAUGGUAGCUGGUUCCCGGCAGGGUCUCGGGACAUAGAAUUGUCGGUAGCGUAUCGUGGACCAACAUCGGAAGGGAACCGUCCAAGAACGGAUUACUUUGCUUACCAGAUCGUCGGUUGUCAAGUUGGCAGCUUGGAGGAGCGUCGCGAUCAGAAUGGGGUAACAAGGAAGCUGCAAACAAGGACAAAUUCAUGCGGAUCCAACUUUGAAGGCCUCCGUAUAUGGGCGAGGGCAAGGCGCGAGGAAGCCAAAGACCUUGGAGAGUCCGAGCGUGCAUGGCAUCGUGCAGACUGGGUUCAUAAACCCGGCAUCCGAGCUGCUCUUUUGCCGUCCACCGCCCGUCCUCUGCUUAUCCGUCUAGCCUCGCCAACGUUAAAGUUCCCACUCGUCAUCCCGACGGAACGCGCGGUGCCGUCCAUGGCCCCCCUCGCGUCAUAUUCCGGCGCACCCCCCAUGUAUUCUAUGUCCGGCUACUUCGGCGGCUCCCAGGCGGCUCCCGCCGAUCCCGCGUACCCCGCCGCCGACAGCCAGUACACGUCCUCCUCGCGCACGCACUCUCACUGGCAGCCGUCCUUCCCAGCCUCCUACUCCCCCUUUCCCAGUGUCGGCUCCCUCUCCUCCUACUCAUCAUCCUCGACCCCCGCCAUGCCCUACUCUUCCGACUAUGACUCCGCCCACCACCACCCGGCUCUUGCACAUUCCCCCACCGCCCCCGCCUACACCCGUGUCCCCGACCCUGUCCCCGACCCCGUCCCCGCACACGUCCACGUCCCCGAGCCCUCCUUCGGCCGCGGCUACUGGUCUUCUGCCCUUUACAUUGUGAACCCCGGCUCGCCGGUCCACCCCCCGCCGACCCCCGCGAUCCUCGCGCCUCUCCUGCGCGUCAAGUCCGAGGAGGACUCCGACGGCGGCUUCAUCUUUGAGCUGCCCCCGGCCGGCUGCCCCUCUGCCGGCCCCGGGACGAUGCCCGAGGUCCCCCUCCGCGCCACCCACGCGUGCAAGGCCAUGCGCGCCCUCAUGAGCUCCUUCCGCCUCGACCCCUUCGCCAUGCACAACGGCAUUCGCUCCGCCGCCGUCACCGCCGCCCCCACAGGCAUCGAGGUCGGGCCUCUCCGCCACGAGCCCCUCCUUUUCGAGUGGCAGGCACACCUCGAUGCGCCCCUCCUUCCCCCGUCUCCGUCCUGGUCUACGCGCUCACUCAGCCCCAUGCGCUACUCCCUCAAUGACGAAAUUGAGGAAAAGUGGGUGCCCCGCGGCGUCGCAACUGCGGUGUAUGAACCGUUCGAGCAGGACGCUGCGGAUGACGCCGAGGACGCCGCGUUGGAGCCGCUCAUGGCCGCCGCGCAAUCGCUCACCUGGGGCACCAGCUACGCUCAGCCAGAGCAGCACAUGACCGGGUACCCCGCACAGCCGCUUUCCAUUUUCCGUGCGCCCCAGGCUCAGCCCGCGCAAUCGCACCCGCACUCGAACGUGCUCGAGGCCGACGCACACUCCCACUACGCGCAGCAGCAACACCAGAACCAGCCGCACCACACCGGAGCCGGCCGCAACGCCCUGCAUGCGGAGCGCGACUACCGCAGCGCGAUGCCGAUCCAGGCGCCUGCACCUCAGCACCCGCGCUACACGCAGGAGUACGGUGAGUACGCGGGCGGCGCGCACGGCAUAGCGCCCGGCACGCCGUGGACCCGCAGGCCGCACGAUUCCCACCGCCAUGCGGCGACUCCGGCGCUGAGCCCAGCGCGGACAACUUUCGGGGACGGGACAGAGCUUGCUCAGCUCGCCCGCUGCGCAACCGGCAGUCGGUUGAUGAGAGCAGGACCAGGACGGGGCGGAUGCGGUGAGACGCAGACGGGGUGCGUUGGUUUUCGAGGGAUGCAUGAAAACGGUGAAUACCGCUUUGUCGGGCGGCACAUCGUGAACGCGACCAUGUGGACUGAUUUCCAAUAUGCGCCGGCAGUGCGGCGGGGCUGCCGUAUUGAAGCGAUCACCAACAGCCUUCUGCAUUACGUACUAGUCAUCCAGCGCAUAGUACACCGCGGCCAGCCUGGCGGUGCAGUUUCUGCGCCAUGCGUUGCACCCUCAGACGACGGCGUGCAGGCCAUGCUCUUCGCGAACAGGGUGCUUCCCCGCUCCGGUCAUGCCGUCAUGAAGUUCCAGAUUUGUCUCAUGGGGAGUCUGCCUUUUGAUGGGCACAUCGAGACCCCGCAUAAGCCGACUUCCACCGCAGGUGCGAUCCUGGCAAAUGCAAUACGCGCUCAGCCCCGACGUCAGUAUCUGACCCUGCUCGUUGCUGGCAUCGACGUCAUCAUGGAUGCUGGCAUGCUGAAGGCUCCUCCGCCCAGGACCUGGUCGAGCGAGCCUACAAGACCCUGUUGUCGAGGCGGGCGUCUUGCUAUCACGGUAGCGCAGCAGGCGUGCGCACUAGCGGGCCGUGGUAUGGGGAUGUGCACGUCGAACAAGCUACGCGCACAUCGGGGCGUCUCCAUAGUCACGGCACCUCAAGGUGGGGCAGGGUGGACGAACUAUGCGGCCAGCCCAAUGCGAAGUUGUGCAUCUGCGGACGCAUAUAGAAAGCGUAUGAGCCCUUCGCGUCGUGUCUAUUCCGAGAGACCACACACGCUUCAGCCUGGAUGUUCAGCCUGGAUGUUGCCGGCUGACCUAGCAUCGUCUACUUCCACCGCUAGACCAGAAGAGCCAAAGGCCCGCGCGCGUGCCCCCCUGCGCGCACAGGGACCUUUACGUCUGGUACCUGCACGCCAAAGCGCGAGGGGCAGGGCAGGGGCGGAGUGCACCCCUCUCAAUUUAGCGAAUAGGAGUUCAACACUACUUCUCCCCCACGCCGGCGUGCGCGUUGUGCGGCUGACAAUGCGGUGGGCGAGGGCGUUGGAGCCCGCGGAUAUUGAAUACGAAUGGGGGAUGAUCUGCUUUGCGAUCCUGCGGAUGCACUCCGCACCCCACACGCUGAGGGACAGGAUACGGGCGGGUACAUCGUCGCCAUGCGUCAUUCUAGCGGAGAUAACAGCGAAGCACGAGACGCUCUAUGGGCUCUGUCCGCCCGCGAAACACGCAAAAAAAGGGGGAGCGCGCAAGCCGCAGGAGCGCGAAGGAACGACUCAGAGAGCCGCCGCGAAGGCGACGAUCCUAUCAGCACAGCGCCAUCCGUUUAGUAUCCUGUUCACUGUUCAGAGAGUCGGCGGGAGCGCCGGAAUGUGGACAGAUCCAUGUUUGGUCGCGGCUUCUGCCACGGCGGAGUUUGCCGUGACCCGAUCUGGACAGUUCGCAGAUGCAAACCGGACUUUAAAACGGACCCACUAUGUCGGUCCGUGCCGUUUGGCGAAAGAAAGGCGCCCGGAGGCCAGUCGUCACCAUCAGGUUGUCAAUAAGUGA